UUGUUUGGGGAAAAAAGAGAAUGUUAAAUCUGUUUGAAGAAAUUGCAAAUGAAGAUUCCAUGUAUAGUCCCAAUGCACAAAACACAAAAGCCCCUGAAUUUCAAAAAGACCAGAAAGCUGACAACAAAACCCCCCCACACAGUGGCAAAACUGUAGUUCCCUACUACCCCCAAGCCUGUUUCUGUCAAUUAAAUUCUCUCCACAUUGGUUACUUUCUUUAAUCAUGGCCAAUUUUUAGCUGCACCAUUUUCUUCUUCAUCUAACAAGUGAUGAGCAAAUACCAUUGUCAGCACUGAGGAAAACACACUGAAACUAAACUUCAACCACUCAAAACCUUCAUAAAAAAGCCCUUCUUUUUUCACCCAAAAACACACACUGUGACAUAACAUUAGUAUACACCAAAGAUUCUAUAUCCCACUCAAGAACUCUGUAAAGUUCUGAUCUUUACAUUUAUCUACACUCAAAUUUUCAAUUUUUUCUUAGAUUCUUUAUUUGGGGUUUUCUGAAAAUGGAGAAAAUUGUGUUUGUUGUUAACUGUGAGCUUAAAGCUUGUGGUAUUGUGUAGUUUUCUGUAAAGGUUCUUAUCAGUUUUACUAUCUAGAGAGAAAAGUUUUAGCUUUUCUCAUUUUCCUCUCUUUUCACUUUCUUUCCUCUCUUUUGUACCAUUAUAAUGGGUUGCAGAGUUAUGAUAGUAGUGAAUUUGGAUCCACAAAGGAAGAGAAGUGGUGGGUUGAGAACUAAACAGGCAGGGCGUGGGUCUUGCCGAGGAAGUUAGACCAUUUACUUCA